AUGGAUCGCAAAAAAACCAUUAUCAAUUCCAGUGUUUCUAAUAAUAGUAGUGCCAUCAAGGGUCUGCAGUUAUUCAUAGCUGAUCUUCGUUCUGCACAACAAGCACAGGAGCAAGAAAAAAGGAUUCAGUCUGAAAUUGUCAAAGUUAAACAGCACUUUGAUGCUGCUAAGAAAAAGCAAGGUGGUCACGACCGAUUGGGUGGUUAUCAAAGAAAGAAAUAUGUUGCAAAGUUAGCCUAUAUUUAUAUCACUUCCAAUACCACGAAACUGAACGAAAUUCUGUUUGGGUUGGAGCAGACAGUAGAAUUGUUGAAAUCUAACUCAUUUUCCGAAAAAUUUAUUGGUUACAUGACCCUUGAAUUGCUCUAUGAACAUAAAGAGGUUGUUGAAAAAAUCAAUGAUGAGGUAAAUUAUCAAUUGGUGAAAGAUCUUUCCUCUUCCGAUGAUAACUUUGUUAUGCUGGCUCUAAACUUUGUUGGCGUGGUAGGGAAACUCACGAACCGCCUAGCGUACAAUGAUGACAUCACAACAGGAGUGUUCAAAAUACUAAGAUCCCCGACUUCCUCUAUAUAUCUUAAAAAGAAAUCUGCAUUGUCCUUCCUAGCACUAUUGAAAAGCAACCAUUCUAUAUUGACCGAAGAUUUGCAGCGUAAACAAUUAUGGAUACAAAGAAUAUUGAGUUUGUUGGAUGACACAGAAAAUUAUAGACUCACUUUGGCUACAAUCCCCCUAAUAGAAUUCAUUGCAAAAUACAUUGAUCCUAGUUACUGUACGAGGUUAUUACCUCAAGUAACCGAAAUUUUGUAUAAUUGUGUUGUCAUCGGUACCUCCACAUCUAGUGACAAGCAGUUUCCGCUAGAAUAUACGUUUGCCAAUAUGCCCAACCCUUGGCUAAUAACUAAAGUAGUCUCUUUGUUAAGCAUUUUGAUUGCCUCUCCAACUGAAAGGGAUUCUAGUUCGUUGUUACAAACUAAUAAUAUAGAUACUGAAUUACUAAAUAAACUUCGAAAGUGUGUCUCUGUUGCUAUCGAAUUGGGUACCAGACAGGGCCAAGAUCCAAUGGAACGCAUUGUCCAAAACACAGUGCUAUUUUCAUUGAUCAAUUUUGCCUCUAAAUUAGAUCCAUCAGAUGAAGCCAUCGGCAAUUCCGUGUCGGCCUUAUGCUCCUUGCUAGCAUCAAAGGAAAUCAAUAUUCGGUACUUAACGCUAGAUUCAUUGGUUAAAUUGUGCUCUUCAAGCGGUAAGCCUGCAAUUGAUGCUGUUCGAUAUAAGAAUUUGGAUAUGAUUUUCCAUCUUUUAAACACAGAAAGGGACUCGUCCAUUGUCAGAAAAGUUGUUGACUUGCUAUAUACUUUUACUGAUGCUGAAAAUGUCAAGAUCAUUGUUGAUGGUUUGUUGCAGUAUAUUUUAUCUCCCAAAAAUCUUGCCGAACCACAAAUAAAGUCCGAUAUUGCUGUUAAAAUUGCCAUCUUGACUGAAAAAUACGCCACCGACAUUAACUGGUUUGUCAUUAUUUCUCUAAAGUUACUAUCAUUGACUUCAAGUACUACCAUCAACGACGACGAAAUAUGGCAACGGUUAUGUCAAAUCGUGGUUAACAACCCGUCUUUGCAUAAGUUAACAUGCGAGCAAUUGGUGGACUAUCUGUGUAAGAAGCAAGCGUCUGAAGCUAUCGUCAAGGCUGCGGCAUUUUUGUUGGGGGAAUACCCUAGCCUCGUAGCAGAUAAGAUUCCAGGUGUAAGUUUAUUCGGUUUGUUCGCCGAAAAAUACUUCAGCGUAUCAAAUGUAGCUAAAGCGAUGAUAUUGACCACAAUGAUUAAGUUGUACAAAACCUCACCCGAAAUUGGUUCCAACGUCAUUAAAUUUUUUCAAUUAGAGCUAAACUCUCUAGACAUCGAGUUACAAACAAGGUCUUUCGAGUACCUUAAUAUUAUACAACUGGCUAAAGCAAGCGGAAAUGUUGAAGUUUUACAAGUUCUGUUCGAACCUAUGCCACCAUUCAAUAGCAAGUCUAAUCCAUUAUUGAAAAGAUUAGGAUCGCUACCUACAUCUGCAGGAAGUGCCACUUUAAUUAACACUUCUUCUGCAGCGUCUUCCUCGACCUCUGUUUUAGUACCUAAGAGAGCAAGCUCCUCUAGAUCCAUCGGAGUUCCAGUACCUCCUCCACCUCGCAGAAGUACCACCAAUGAUAUAAACUCCAAUAUUGAUUUAUCUGAAGACUUUUCAGGGAAGGACUUUUAUUACUCAAGACAAAUCCUGGCUCCAAAUUGGAGAGAAGGUUUUACAAGAAUGAUUUCACAUAAACAAGGUGUGCUCUUUACAUCCUCUUUAAUUAAGGUUUUCUAUCGAAUAACGACCCCUAAUUCACAACAAUCAUAUGCGUUUCACAUAUCUCUUGCUUUCAUUAACUUGACCGAGUGGGAAAUUACAGGACUGUCCACACAAGUUAUAGCUUCGAAGACCCAAAGUAAUCCUGAGUAUGUGAUUAUGAAUGUCAACUUGCCUUCUGCCGCUACAAUUAAGCCUCAUAAGAGGGUGGAACAAAGUUAUGAACUUUCCGUAAGGAAACCGUUCGACGUUGAAGACGGUCCAAUUUUGGCCAUUCAUUUUAAGUGUGGUGGUAGCAUAAAUACCAUUAAUCUAAAAACGGCUAUAGGUAUGACCACAACAUUAGUUAGCAGCGAAGUUAACCCAAGUAUGCAUUUGACUUUAGCGCAGUUCAUCACUCGCUGGAAAACAUUGAGUGAGGCUUUGGGAAGGGAUGGAGAAUAUCAAAUAUCCGGCAUAAAGCUCAAGAAGGAUUUUAAGAAAGCUGAAACUAUCGGUUUAGAAGAUGGCCUACUACUACUAGUACAAACAGUCAAAAGAUUGGGUUUUGAUAUAGUUGAACAGACCAGUGUUCACAGUACAUUAUUUGUUUCGGGUAUUGUUCAUACGAAGAGUGAGGGAAACUUUGGUUGUUUAAUGAAAAUACAGUACCAAGAAAACGGUGUGGCUAAUGUUACCUGUAAAACAACUACGGCUGGUCCCCUCGCCAAGUAUAUUGCUGAAUGUACCAGGAAUGUACUUGCAAAGUAG